AUGCCUGGUGACCUUCGUCUGGCAGCCACAAUUUGCAACCGCGCACGGGUGACUCUCUUGUUCUGCCUGGACCUCCUGGAAGGUGGGUGCAUUUGUAAACCCGCCAACCCUUCCCGAUCGUGCUGUGGGAACAAGCAGUGCAGCGAUGGUGUGAAACCGGCAUCUGCUUCUGAGCAGGCCCUCGUACGGGUUUACCAAAGCUUGCUAAGGGUCUCCGCGGGGGAUAGAACAACAACAAGAAAUGAAGAAAUACCUCCAGAACAGCAAGGUCCUGAUGGAAGGUCUCAUUCUCGGAGCGACGCACACAAUUUUGAGGCCUCUGGUUGUACCGACGCAAGACGGCAUCCAUGGAACUGUGAGACCGUGCCACUUCACCAUGACAGAGUAAUGGAAUGGCUUGCUUCUGAAAACUUGGGCCAGUGGCGACAGAAAUGCAAGCCUUAUGAGAAUGAGCGCUUGCAUGGCAGGCCGUCGUUAUCCCCUCUCCCACCUCGAGUUUCUGCGGGAAAUGUGGCCAGACCGACAGGGCCGAUUGCGAUGAUGUGGAGUGCUAAUGUAUUUGCCACCUUCAAGAACACAAUAGAAGUCACGGAAGUGAAUUGGAACGUCGCGCCUGUGGCGAAGACCUCCACUGAUAUCUGAGCCACAGCACGAGGACCGCCACAGUUCCGCACCGGCGGGCCGCCUGAUAUACUGCGGACACUUCACGUAUACAAACAUGAUUCGACUUGGCCCCUCACGACUGCGGUUCCGCAAGCUGUCAAGCAACAGAACCCACUGAAUGUGUUUGAUUUGUCCAUGCAAUAACCAGGGAAAUAAACGAAAGAUGAAAACACACCUUUUUCAACUGACUUUAAAUUUGGACGUGUGGCCAUCAACACCAAUAUGUAAUUCGGUUUCAGACUGUCGGGUG